GAGCUUCGUUACAAUGUUGCCACAUCACUGCCGCCUGAUAGCCGCUUUCUCCCCCGUAUGUAAAUGUCAGCCUGCUCUUCCUCUGUCUCUGCUGGCGGAAGCAAAUCACGAAACCGCGGUUUGGCAGGACGUCGGCACUUUUUAAAAGAUAUAUAAUGCCGCGAACGAGAGAGACGGGAUCCUGUGUGCGCUUCGGUGCAGGACUCGCCCUUCUGAGGCGAACCUGACCAGACGCGUUUUCUCGGGAUCGGCAGCGAUGAAGCCAGCACGCCACGUUUGUUUGUCAUCGGGACAUGGACUGUCAUUCGAGCCUGUUAAAACGAAGAUCUCUGUUUCUUUUUUCGUUUUGGGUUCUGCAUGACAAGCGAUUCGAUACGAUCUAGCCUAACCAACAAUAUAAGGGGCUUGUUGACCAAGGAUUUCGUCGGUGUACAUAUGUAUUUUAUUUAAUUUAUUGUUAAAUCGGUACAGCAAUGGUGGCUUUUACAGUGCCGAAAUAUGACAUGGCUUCUGGCCCGUAACGGCCGGCGCUGCAUAGCGUUACGUAGAUGCUGAUCCUGCCUUGAGGGUCGCCGUCUCGGAUGCUGAUGCACGGCGCCUUAAUCUACCCGUUUGCUCUAUAUACAUGACUCGUUUUACUGUACGUUAGGAAUUUAAUAUUAUUUAUUUAUAUAUUUAUUACUUCGGUGGUUAGAUAACUGCCUGCUGGUGAUUUUGCACUGAAAAUUUGAGAACAGAGUUGACAGGCUGGUUUAUUAUUAUAUGUUUUUUUUUUUAAUUUUCUGUACCGUAAGCUGAAUAUUGAUUGUAUUUUAUUAGUCCCGAAGCCUACUGAAAGCAGACGCUUUAUCAUUUUGCACAUUUAUAAACUUAUCUCUGGGGGAAAGCCUUGAGAGAUCAGUCCUCAGCCCUGAUGUUAGACGGCAGGAUGAAGGAGCUGUGCCGGAUCUGUGCCCGCGAGCUCUGCGGGAACCAGCGGCGCUGGAUCUUCCACCCAGCCUCCAAGCUGAACCUCCAGGUGCUGCUGUCCCACGUGCUGGGCCACGACCUGACCCGCGACGGCCGUCCGGAGUUCGCCUGCGGCAAGUGCGCCUUCAUGCUGGAGCGCAUGUACCGCUUCGACACGGUGAUCGCCCGCGUAGAGGCGCUGUCCAUCGAGCGCCUCCAGAGGCUGCUUCUGGAGAAGGAGCGCCUGAGACAGGGCAUCGGAAACCUCUACAUGAAGACCAAUGGCGAGGAGCCCAGGGCGGAGCCCCAUUGCCCUGGGGGGCCCGGAGACUGCACUGUGGACAUGUCUGACCUCCCCGACGCCAAAUACAGUGCCCUGCUACAGGAGGACUUUGCCUACUCUGCGUAUGAAUCCUGGGCUGAAGAUGAGGAACAGACACUGGAAGCUCACCACCACUGCCACGUGUCUGAGAGCUCGGGGUACCGGUCCCGGCGGUGCAGGGGGUGCGCCGCCCUGCGUGUGGCUGACUCGGACUACGAGGCCGUCUGCCGUGUGCCCCGCAAGCUGGCUAGGAGCAUCUCCUGCGGCCCGUCCACCCGGUACUCCCUGAGCGUGUUGGACAGCGAGCGCAGCGACGAACCGCUGCCUGCAUUGACGCCCAUGACGGAGGGCAAGGCCGCCGCGGACGAUGGCAGUCCGGAGGGUAUGAGCCCCGCGUCGUCCGUGGAGUCCCUGGAGGUGCCUGCUCGGGAGGAGGAGCUGGAGGGGGAGGCCGGGGAGGAGCUGAAGUCUGAUUCCCCCGUCGACGAGCGGGCCGGGACCUUCGGCAAGCUGGCACUGGCCUUCAGGCUGGUGAAGGACUUUGAGUACCGGCCUGUGCAGAGUCCACGUGGAAGCAGGCUUCCCGUCCUGGUGAAGCACGUCAGCCCCGAGAGCAAUGGCAAGAUGGCCGACGUGGAGCUCCGGGUGCAGUGUGGCAGGUGCUGUGGGCCGCCCUCGCGCUCCCCCCCUCGCCUCCACCUGGAGCUGCCUCUGGAGAUGCCGCAGCUGGAAGACCUGUGGCAGGACGUCCACGCAGAGUACAUGCCCUUCCGCUUACGGAAGAGCCUGAUCGAGGAGCAGCAGACCCAGCUGAACCAGUACGAAUGUGCAGCUGGCCAGUGUGUGAGUGAACUGCAGAAGGCCCAACUGCAGGUCCAGUCACUGCAGGCCCGGAUCCACAAGAGCGAGGUCGGCAACAAGAAGCUGCAGGAGAAGCUGUGCGAGAUGGAGUCUGAGCUGCGGUCUGUGAGGCAGGCCUCCCAGCAGCAGGAGCGUACCAUCCAGGGCCUGAAGGAGACGGCCGGAACCAAAGACAGAGAGGCGCAGGAGCUCUACAGUGUCAUCGAGGGCCAGAAGGAAAUGCUGUUCAAGCUGAGAGAGGUGACACAGCGGCACCAGCUCCAGCACCUGCAGAUGUCAGACAGGGAGGUGGCCCAGAUGCAGAGGGAGCUCCUCGCCCUGCAGGAGUCUCUCUUUUCCACCCAGCUGGAGCUACAGGGCAGCCAGAGGGCCGAGAGGCGCAGCCAGUGGAGGGCCAGCGACGUGGCGCGCGACCGCGAGCGACUGCAGGCCGACCUGGAGGAGGCGCUGCAGCACCGGGCUGCCGCUGAGCAGCACAACCAGGAGCUUCGGGGAGCCCUGCAGAGGUCCCGCUCCAACCAGCAGGCAAAGGAGGACCAGCUGAAGGAGGUGGAGAUUGAGAAGCAGGCGGAGGUGGAGGCCAAGGACAAGACUAUCCAACAGCUGAGGAUCUCGCUCAGGAACAAGGAGCAGAUGGUGCAGGAAUAUCUAGGGCUUCUGGACCAACAAGGACCUAAUAAGACCCUAAACACAGUGCUGCAGAAACUGAAGGAGCGUAUCAAGGAGCGGGACAUAGCCCUGGAGCGUGCCAUCGAUGACAAAUUCCAAUGCCUGGAGGAGAAGGACGGGGACACGCGACGACUCCAGCUGGCCCUGAGGGAGAAGGAGAGGGACCUGGAGCGAUUGCGCUACGUUUUGUCCAAGAACGAAGAGACCAUCACGACCCUGGAAGGUGUCCUACGAGGGAGGGAGCUGGAGCUGGAGCAGGUGAGAGAGGCCAACAAGAACCUGCAGUGGCUGAAGCAGGAGGCAGAGGAGCAGCAAGUGUGCGGCCUGAAGGAGCGGGACGCCAUCAUCAGCCAGCUGCGGGCCUCCCUGCAGAGCCGCGCUAAGGAGGCAGAGGACCUAACGGCGGCGCUGCUCAGCAAGGCGGUGGUGGAUGGCCGCGAUGCCCUGGAGGAACUUCAGCUCCGCCUCCAGCUGAAGGAGCGCCUGUUCCAGGAGGCCCUGUCAGACCGUGCCAGACAGGCAGAGGAGCACCAGGGCCAGGUCCAGGAGCUGCUCGCCGCCAUCGGCACCAGGGAUCACUACAUCAAGGAUUCUGUGAGCCGGCUGGGUCAGGUGAUCUCAGAUCGCACCGGUGAGCUUCACGAGCUGCGCAUACAGCUGGCUGCCCGAGAGCUGGAAGUAGCAGAGCUGAGCCAGCAGAGGGAACAGCAGCGGGAACAGCCAAACCUCCAGAUCGACCGGCUGCAGAGCCGGCUGCGGGAGAAGGAGUCUUUCAUCCGGGUUCUGAUGAAUGGUACCCAAGACGAACCAAUGACCACCUCCAUGCCAGAGGAACCAGCAGACACUGGGAACAAAACAUGUGACAGUGACUCUGGCCUGCAAGUUGACAUUCAUGCUGUGAGGGACGAGCUUCAGCUGGUCCUGAAGAAAGAGAAGGAGGCACAACUAGAACUUUCUGCCCUCCGCACUACUCUGGCCAAGGACAAAGAGGAAAUCUUGACCUUGGCUACUGAGCUGGAGACCUACACCAGAAAGUUAGGCUUCAAGGAAGAGCUCAUCAAGGAUCUUCAGAAGCAGUUGGUGGAACCAUCGGAGGUGCCGUUGGUCCAGAAGCUGACACAGGAGCUGCAAGAGCUCAGGGAAGAACAGGGGGACACUGGUAGUGCUGGUCAUCAGCACGUACUGGAGCAGCUGGUUUCUGGCUACAGCAGACUCAACGAGGCUGUGAGGGUGGAGAAGAGGGCGUACGAGAGUUUGGUUCAGGGCAGCACAUCUGCAAGCAGCGCUGAGAAGACCUGGGAGUUGCAGAGAGAGCUGGACGCGGUUCAGUCACUUCGUGGGCAACUGGAGACACACCUGGAAAAGAGCCGAAAUGCUGCUGUUGCACCGGCAAGGGCAGUCAAGGCGCAGCCUGAUUUUGGAGAGCUCAGCACGGAGGAGAGCGACGACGAUGACGACGGUGGCAGCAGCGAGUUCACAGAUAGCAUUGAGGAGGAAGAAACUUUCAAGCUUACCGCUCAAUCCCUGGCCACAAACCAGAUCCCCCCGGACAUGUUAGACCUGCACGGGAGGGCGGUGGUCAGGAGUCCAUCCCAGAAUGCACCUGUGGAGGGACAGGGGUUGGUGGAGGUGCAGCAGCUGGUGGAGCAAAAGAAGGCGGUGGAGCGGGAACUGGGCGAGCUGAAGAGCCAGCUUGAGAAGGCCGGAUACAGCUCCCUGUCUCAGAUGCGGAACGCGGUUGUCAAGCUGCGGGCAGAAAACAGCAACCUGAAGGGGAUGCUGGCACAGAUGGCGCACAGAGCACAGGACCGGGUGGAGGAAGGGCGGCCGGAGGAGGGCGAAGCACGAGGGGCAUGGUCAGGUGGGGAGUUGAGCCCCACCCAGGGCAAACGCUCCAUGUCCAGCUCACCGCCCCGUGAGGGGAAGAGGAGGUGUACCCGGCCGGUGUCUCUGGACCUGGGCACCUUGCUGUCCAGCCCCUCCUUAGAGGAAGCACAGCCUGUGGAAAGUGUGGACCGGAUCUGGCAGCAUGUGGAGGCGGGGCUUAAGGAGAAAGCACGGCAGCUGCACCUGGACCUGGCGCAGAGCCAGCAGGAGAGUCAGGAGCUUCAGGAGAGGCUGAUGGUAUCCGAGGCAACGGUCCAGGCCCAGGCAGAGCAGCUGAAGGACUACAGGGAGCUGCUCACGGAAACCUCAGUGAAGCAGGACAGCAAGCAGGUACAGGUGGACCUGCAGGACCUGGGCUAUGAGACCUGUGGCCGCAGUGAGAACGAGGCGGAGAGGGAGGACACCAGCAGCCCAGAGUUCGAUGAUCUGGAGAUGUGCACCACCCUGUCCAGGCAAGACUGCGAUGGCCAGUGGUGGACCGGGGAUUGUCGGAAGGCGGAGAAUAUGACGUCCCUGCGGCAGCAGGUGGAGGAUCUGCGAGGGCAGCUUUCCCGCUCGCGCGCCACCAUCCGCAGCCUCCAGGGCCGCCUGCGCAGCAUCUCCAGCACCGGCGACUGCUCCUCUAACCUGGAGAGGUCAGCUGCUUCUCUGGCAUGGAGCUUCCAGGCCUCUCCGGCUACUAGUGGCCCCGAGGACGAUGAGGGGUGGCAGUCGGACGGGGUUGGAGCUACCAAGUGGCCACGGCCCAACCGAGAGCUGCGGGACCUGGCUCUGCGCGUGACCUGUUUGGAGGACCAGCUCAAAAGCACCAGGUCGGGGAGUAAGGGGGCUUCUGAAGAUGGCAAGGCGGCCGCCUGGCCGGGGAAGUUCGACACGCUGAUCCAGGCGCAGGCCCGCGAGCUCUCUCACCUGAGGCAGCGCGUGCGGGUGAGCCGGGGCGUCUGCCGCAUCCUGAGCCAGCACCUGGACGACACCACAAAGGCCUUCGAGGAGCUGCUGCGCGCCAAUGACAUCGACUACUACAUGGGGCAGAGCUUCCGCGAGCAGCUGGCGCAGAGCAGCGCGCUGGCCGAGAGGGUCAGCGCCAACAUCAGCGGCCGAGACCCUGCAGAACUUCUAGAUGAUAAGAUGGGCCACGAGCUGCUUGCUCUGAGGCUGAGCAAGGAGCUCCAGCAGAAGGAUAAGAUCAUCGAAUCUCUGCGCUCUAAACUCAAGCAGCAGCGGCCAGACACCCCUUCCAGCAGCCACGCCCUCUCAGAGACAACCAACCAGUCGGACAGAACGUCCUUCAUUUCCGAUGAGCAUGGCUCCACCCACGGUGACCUGGAGCUGGGCUCGGAGGUGGACGCGGCCAGCGAGUACAACCAGGAGGACCAGGAGGGGAGACUGAGCCCACAACACACUGAUGCUUUCUGUCGAGGUAGCACUUCACCUCACCUCUCACCUGUGCCAUGCUCCUCCCCAGCAUCACGCAGACCUCAAUCACCCUCCAGCUGUCCUAGCAUAUUGUGCACGGUGUCCAGUCCCGUGGACAGUCUGUCUCAACAAGGCCUCUUUCCUGGUUUUAUGCCCAGUUCCCAUCCUAUCCCUCAAUCUCAACACUACCCAGCCCCUCCGGGUCAGAGGGAGCCUCUGCUCUCUGACCCCCCAUCUCAGCUACCGGGGCUCGGCUGCCCUGGGGCUGGGUCCAUCUCCUUGGCAGAGGUGCAUCGGGAGCUGCAGACGCUGCAGAUGCAGCUAGCAGACCGCUUUACGCUUCCACAUGUUAAGCCGCUGCCCGCCUACUCCCUGGUUGACCAGCCUCAGCGGAAUCCCUCCAGCUACCUUCCCCAUCACGCUUUUCACCAGCCUUCACUCAGCAGCAAUGACACCGGCACCCGUCUGAAGGCGGAGCCAGGUUUGAUGGAUCGUGGUGCAUUGUGGGAGAUGAGCCGCAUCGGCCAGCCAAUCAGAGCCUCUGCUUACGGCGACAUUUUGUCGGGCUCGUCGGGGUACCAGUCUGGCACCAGUCACACAGCUUCUCUCGGCGCUGUAGGCACUGACCUCAUGGAGGAGCACCUGAGGGAGAUCCGCAGCCUGCGGCAGCGUCUGGAAGACUCCAUCCGGACCAACGACCGCCUGAGGCAUCAGUUGGAGGAGAGGCUGGCUUCUGUGGGUCGAGAUGGUGGAGCACCAACGAACAUCUACAUCCAGGGCCUGGACUCCCUCAGCACACUGUCGAAAGAGAACCAGGCCUUAAUGGAAGAGAACCUUCAUCUCAAACAAGCCAACAGAGACACCUUUAAGGAGGCAGAGCUGCUUCGUGAAGCCCUCCUGGCUGGACGGGCGCGGCUCAAGCAAGUGGAGCUGGAGGUGGAGCGGCAGCAGGAGGAGAACAGCCGUCUCCAGGCCCUCAUCUGCGAACAGGCUCCGGAGGUCCAGCGGCUACGACAGGAAUGGCAGGGCAGCCAGGAGUCUAUCAGCAGGCUAAAGCACAAAGUCAGCCUGCUUCAGCAACAGCUGGCCGACAGCCAGCAGCUCAUGCGAUCCCUGCAAUGUGAGCUGCGGCUAUACGAGGGGAUCUGCAUGACUGCCAAGGGUUCCCCCACUGCAGGCUCUGCCUCUGAGGGCCAGAGCUUCAGGGAGACUUCCCCUGUGGAGCUGGGAGGGCUCCUGGCAGAGCUGCGCAGUCUGCGCAUGCGUCUAGAGCGCAGCCUGCAGGAAAACAACUCGCUGAGGAUGCAAUUGGAGGAGCAGACCUGCACAACAACAGCCCCCGGUGAUCUACAGCUGCCCACUAUCACUGCUAGUGGCCAAUCAGACAACACCUGCAGGAGACAGCUCUUCCGUGAUCCUGCACCAUCUCCACCUGUGCGAGACCCAGGGUUGUUAAACUCUGGUUCCACAUACUCCUUGUCAUCUAAAUCCCCAGACCCAGAAGAUUUGGAUAGCUUGUCUAAUGAUAUCUUGAGGCCACACUCAGAGCUGGAAGGAGACGCUCCAGAUGGCUCAUUUGCCAACAAGAAUGGGCGACACACCAUAGGACACGUGGACGACUUCAAUGCCCUCCAACAGCAGAUCCUGGAGGGUAAGAUGCUGGUGCACAAGAUGGAGGCCAAGCUGCACUCAUCUCUCACAUCCAGCCUUCUGGAGGUCACUUCUGGAAAGGCCUUGGACCAUGGCUUUGUGAAGACCCUCCUGGCCAGUGCCAAAACGUUGGAUCAGAUCCUAGAGGAAGCCACGUCUCUCCUGAAAAUGUUCUGGAGGGCCGCGCUCCCUAGGACGGAAAACACCUUCCAGCACAUUAGAAAGGAGCAGUCAAUGAAGGAGGAGAUCCAUAGGCUGAGGGUGAGGAUCACCGAGCAGGAGGGGUUGCUGCAGGACACUAUCGAGAGGCUGAGGAGCACCAAUCGCACUAAGGAGAGCAUGGAACACUUCAUCGUCAACCAGCUAUCUAGAACACGUGACGUCUUGAAAAAAGCACGGACGAAUCUUGAGAAGAACGAGUACAAGAUAUCUACCCUAAGCUCCUCCUCUUCCUCCCCCCACCCUGGUGAAAUCCCAAGGAGGUCCUGGAAGCCCCUGCCUGACUGGGGUUUCAUGAAAACCUGCUCCCAGAAGACAGCAGGGGGAGAUGCCAAGAUAAAUGACAGAUCACACCAGCUCCAGACGCUCAUGUUCUGAGGCAGCAUCAACAUCACCAUCUUCUGCUGCUUCCAAAUGUUGUUUCUUUAUGUUCUGAAACAACACCUCUUGAUCAUCACCUAUUAUGAACACUGCUCUGAUAAACAACUGUCAUUCUGAGAAUUCUGUGGGGACUCUGGUCCAAUCCAGUCAUGACGUGAAGUCCACGAGUUCGUGUUUUGUCAUCCUACCAAGCCUGUUUGUGUCAUCUGCCAUCGCUGUUCUCCAGGCACCCAGUGCUUGUACAGCUUGAAUGGAGAAGCCAUACUUGAAACGUCUACCAAUCGAAACAAGUUUUCUUCUGUUCACCCAAUUAUGCUGCCAUAGAAAAUCUAUUUAUAGUAACUUAUUGCUAAAGGCUCUCCUCUUAGAUUUUAUUCUUUCUGGAAUAAUAAGAAGUAGGUGUACAAUUUAGGUGGUAGACUGUUGAUAAGCUACUAAGUAUGUUUGGUUUCCUUUAGCAUAUGUAAAUGAAAUUGUUACCAAACAAUUUGAUCUGCUUGGAUCCGAAAGAAGAAAAUGCUAUUUAGUGCUAUGACUGCUCGCUUAGACAAGCAUGUGCAAUACAAACUGUCCGUUGAAUGUUGCAGCCUGCUUCGCCUUACAUUGAAACUUAUUUACUCUAAGGCUAUGGACCGUCAGUGCAAUAGUAGUGAAACACUGCUGACAGAUCAGGUGUGUAACUAAAGCUUUGUGCCCAGGGGGUGCAAUGACAACUAAGCUUGUUCCACAGGGAUCAACAGUACUGCCAAAGUUUGUGAAUUUCUCCCACAAAGCCCAAGUGUAACUCUGAAUUGAGCCACCACCCGCUGUCAUUAAAGUCCUGCUGCUGAUAGUGUUUUUGGAAAUUGGCUUAAUAAAGACAAAGUAAUGUACCCAUUUUUGGUCCAGUGUACUUUUAUUACAAGAAUUCUUUUCAUUUGUAAAUUAUUUAGCUGCCUUUGUAAAUGGACCAAACAUGGGUAAAUCAUAUAAAUUGUAAGGAUUCUUAUAACUCAUGAUUUAUAUAUUUUGUGUUCUCCAUAUAUAUUUUUUCCAAAACGUAGUUACAAACUUUGGCAGUAUACUGACAGACGCCCGCCUUUGCUGGUGGAGUUUGUGCAUUUUAACUGCCUCCUGUCUGAUUUCUGUUGCAUUAGUCUUCUUGCUUUCUUGCUUUUUUUCUUCCCCAUCUAGUGCUCUGGUGUGUCUGCGAUUCCUACAUCGGACAGUAUAAGUGCAUAUAUUUCAGCUUUCUUUGCUCCAUGUUUCCUGCUUUGGUUCUAUCUAAGGUGUGUUUGUUAAAUGCUAGGUGAAGGAUGGAAUUUAUAUGGAAAUGCUGUAAUAUAUUAAUGUCUGUCCCGCUUCUUCUGGGUGUGUAAUGGAUUAAGCUUGAGUACAGAAAAAGACAAACCGUGCAACUUGCCCCUUAUUGAACAGCUAUAUAGUAGCGGACAUGAAUAAACAACUAUUUGACCGUAUCCUCUUCCAGCAACCAAAAGUUUGAACUAUAAUGUCUUGUGUACAAUGUUUCCUUUACAGCGUAUUUGAACAGUCAGUACAAGACUGUUUCAUAUUAAAUUGGGCUUUUAAUUAGGAAGCAAUAAAGUGGGGAAAGGCUAAAUGAAAACAUCACAUUUAUAAUUGUAUGUACUGAACGACCUAAGUACACGCCACAUUGUGUAUAAUCAAAAGUUUGGGGAGAAAUACCGGUGUUUGGUGGUAGUUGUAAUGUAAGAUAUGUACAUAGUGGUUGGAGUGAGGUUCAAGAUGCCAGCGAAAGCCACAUUGGCUGCUUAACCUGACAAUGUGUGUGUUGUAUAACAAAUAAAUCUAUGGAACCCUUCUCAUGA